UGUAUUUAUACAUUAGUACCGGUGCUCUGAUCUCCAAAUCAACGCACCCGGAAAAGUGGAGCUCCGAUACACACCGGCCGACGGCAGUCCACCCACUAUUCUAGAGGUGUAUAACUUCGAGGGCAAGACCGCCAGCGGUGGUGUCGCUCUCAGUAUGUAUAACACCACAGAGUCGAUAACGGGUUUUGCCUACUGUUGCUUUGAAUACGCACUCAUGAAGAAGUGGCCGCUCUAUCUGAGCACCAAAAACACAAUACUUAAACAAUACGACGGAAGGUUUAAAGACAUUUUCCAAGAAAUUUACGACCGCGAAUAUAAGGCCAAAUACGAUGCGGCGGGCAUUUGGUACGAACACCGGCUGAUCGACGAUAUGGUGGCGCAGGCGCUGAAGUCGAACGGCGGGUUUGUGUGGGCGUGCAAGAACUACGAUGGUGACGUGCAGUCCGAUGUGGUCGCUCAGGGCUACGGCUCGCUCGGUCUCAUGACGUCGAUACUGAUCUGUCCGGACGGCAAGACGAUCGAGUCGGAGGCAGCGCACGGCACUGUCACCCGACACUUCCGCGAGCACCAGAAGGGCCGCCCGACCAGCACUAACCCAAUCGCGUCGAUAUUCGCGUGGACUCGCGGUCUGGAGCACAGGGCGAAGCUCGACAACAACAAGGCGUUGUCGAAGUUUGUGCGCCGUCUCGAGAAGUCGUGCGUCGAGACCGUCGAUGACGGACACAUGACCAAAGACUUGGCCGGUUGUAUACAUGGACUCAAA